UUGAUUGUGGAGGUUGGUGCCUUCCGAUUUAUACUCGACGAGUUUGUGACCAUCGUCGGCGUCGCCUCCUUAACCGUAGCACCGAAUGCUCUGUCGCGUUUGGUUUAGUAUGUUUCUUCAGUAGGGUCACGCUUGCACAUCCGUGCUUCGCUAGUUAGUGAGUCAAUAAAAAUGCUGUUUGGUGUGGGAAGGCGUCGGCUACCCUUAUUUGCUCGAAUUUUUUCAUAGAACCCCCAUUGUGGGUACCUUGUAUCCUGUGUCGGUGUAGCAGUUCGAUGAAGUUUUCGGCGGCAGGGACGAUAGUGUUUUCCAUCGAGUGGAAGCGCAUCUGUUGUCUUGCUGCAUGAGUGAGCGACGCGCUGGCCAGCCAAGCCAACAAGGAGCUAGCAAACAUGUCCCGAUUUUCUGGUCGAGUGCAAAUCUAACAGACCAGCAAGAAAGGAGAGUCCAGUGUCGAAGCGAAAACGAUUUCAAUGACUAGGUAUCACCGUGGGCGAACGACUCUGAAAAACGCAGCUUACCGAGUUCGUCUUGCUGUAGCGUUCCUUGCCUCAACUCGCGGCUCUGCGUGUCCCACCAGAGGAAUCCGUUGCAAACGAGGCUUCAGUGGAGAUUGCCGUCUGUAGGUCGGGAUAUGUCGCGCACUUUUUCAGCAGGCAACCGUCACUGCCGUCUGCAAAGUUGCUCCCUUCAGACCCCGUGGUUUCUGUGGUGUUGAACUCUCCCUCUGGCAUGGUCUUCUCAUACGUCAAAGUCUGCUGCGUGUGGGCCGAUCCGCCCCGGCCAUUCUUGGGCGGAGCGUUUCUCGUUUUUGAGCAAAUUCUGCUUUAAGGACGAAUUCCUUCGAACCCAUUUCUCCGCUCUCUCCCUAAAUCACAGCCGGUUCGUCGACUCAGAGCCAGCGGCUCUCGAUCACCGAUCUGUGUCGCGGCAAAGAAUGACGAAGCAUGUCGAACUCCGUAACCACAACCGCGGGCCGGCAGUCGCCGCGCCUGAGCAUUUCGACGUCGGUUUCUCCCGAGACUUCGUGGCGACGACGCACGUGUCAGAACUUCUGUUUGUCUCUGUGUGACUGGGUCGCCAGUGAAGUUUGCUGUCCGCCGUUCGACAAGAAUUUUGAGCGGCGGCUCGUGAGGCAAGCGAACCUCGUGACAGUCUUUGGCAUCGCCGCACUGCUGGUCAAUUUGUACCCGGGAGUACUGAUGCUUUUUGUGAGGCAUCAGUCCCCCCAUGUCUACCCUGCAAACACUGACUCGUUUCCCUCUGACGAAACACCCUCGGGCCGGUUCACGCACACGACAACGGACGCCUCACAAAAUGACGACUUCCAGUGGUCAGGCACUUCCCUCCUCGAAUUAUCGUCCCCAGAUCCGUUAAACGUGUCCUCCCCAGUUGGCGUCGAGCUUCGCACGUCUUCGGUGACCUCACUACGGUCAAAAGUUCCAAUGAAAAUACUGUCACUCCCAUCACGCGGUUCCUCCAGUUCCCCGCAGCACCACACCUCGAGUUUUUUCCACGAACAUCGCUGGCUCUCUUCCCCUUCGAAUGAACAUGUAGCAUCGGAUGCGUGGAACCUCCGUUCCUCAGCUCAAGCUCGACAGAACUCCCCUGGCAAGAAGAGGCUCUAUUCCUCAUCUGGCACCGUCGUUACACAGCAAACGUCAGGACUGCAGCCGACCGUGGAGAGUGUGAUUGCAGGAAAUUCAAGCUUUCGACCGGGCGUCGAUUUUCUGCCCCCUACUCUCCGUUCCACCGCCUCCGUCUCUGACUCGCAUUAUCGCGAGGACCCCGUCCGGCACCCCACGGCCGGCGGCUCUCUGCCGGACGCGCGUGUCGGUGAAUCAUUACCUUCAUUUCUCUCCGAGGCUUCGUCUUCGUCUCCGCACAUUAUUGUGCCACGUCUGACCGAAGACCUCCACUCGUUCACGAAAGGUCUUUUCUGGGUGCUCACGUUUGUCGGCGUCUCUGCGCUCAUUCCCCUCCAACUGUCCCUCCUGCUCUGCACAGUUCCGUUGACGGAAAUCCGGAUCCCGCGGCGGCGGAACGACUGCAUCUGUUCGAUCAUCUCCGUGAACAACCGCUUGAUCGUCUACAAUUGUCUCUGUGCCCCUGCCCUCGCUGUCUUCUCCGCCAUCAACUUCGACUCAUACUACACUGCAGACAGCCCCCAUCUGCGGGUCGCCACACACCUGCUGGCCUACACAGCCGUGGCGCUCGCGGCAUCGAUUCACCUGCCUCUUGCACUUCACGUGUACAAUUUCACGCGGUUCUUCGAGGGAGCUGCCGCGUAUUACCAACUGCACGAAAGCCUCUCGUCGGCGCCACCAGGGACUUUCGGCUGCGCGAUGACCCCGAGAAAGGUCGGAAGAAAAGGCGACACAGAUGCAGUGCAGUCUCGAGAGCGAAUCAUAGAACGACUCGUGAGUAAAAGCGAGGGUCACAGUUCCCUAGCGGAAGAAGCUGAAAGACCGGAUACAGACGAAGAAACCUCCCCGCUAUUGGCGUGAGGAUGCGUCGCCCACGAAGGUACCUGUCGGAAGGACGGGCGCCUCACGCCGUUCAAAUGCCCACAGAAGCAACGAGAUCGAAAUCCGUAAAGAAAGUGUGUGAACGAUGCGCGUUACUAAAAAAUCAUGGAUCGUGUAAGAGGAAGCGGAAGUGAAGCACCACGUAUGGCCGUGGAUGAGGCUCCAGGCGCAUGCUUUCGGGAAGCGAGGCAAUUCAGGCGGAUUGCAGAGGAAUGUGAAAUGCAGCAAAAUAUAUUUUUUGAGGGACACGAGGUCCCCUGGUACGCAAAAACGUAAACGAUAGAGAGAUCGGGCGUUCUACGGAGAGCUGCGGAGAAGAAUGGAAACGAAGUGACCGAAGGAAGAGCGAUAAUCAAUGACGGACAACCUACGGGGUCUACCUCUUUCGCAAUUCCUUUUGAACGUCAUUGAGGAAAUCGUCUCCUGGCCUUCUUUCUGGACUCUUUACCUGUAUAAGAGUCAAGUGUGAAACGCUCAAGCGUAAACCCUUUCUCGCCUUUGCGAACUACAGGGAAAGCACGCAGUGCUUGAUAUGUGUAUGUUGGACUUUCGGGGAGAAUGCUUGAUUUAUUUAUGUUGACGUUCUCUGUAGAAUGUUUCUACAUUUUAGUUGAAUUUCUUUGUGGAGCAGUCUGACGUCUGUUCUCGAAAGAUAUCGCUGUCUGCCUGCCAGGGAUGCGAAGUGUUCACAUCGGGGAGUUUCUCGUACUCAGGCGAAUUUUGGUGAAGUGUGGCUUUUCAUGGCUUCUUGGACAUCUUGGUCCCCGAAUGGUUUGUCCGUGGCUGCGGAUUUCACUUCGCUCUUUAUUGUGCAUGCACUAGACGCAAAACGUAUAAACAUGUCACAUUUCGAGAUUGGCGGCUGCACUCUGUGACAGAGCGACCCCACAGCUCGCUCCCAUUUCUCGUUCAGCAGCACAAGGCCUUGGAGAGGGGGUUCUCGAUUCGAUCGAUAGGUUUUCAUAUUCUGUGCCACUCGGCCUAAAAUCGUUAUUUGCAUUUCGAUCCAGAAUC